AUGGUCGCGGCGCUGUUUGGCUGCUGGUUCCGCGUGGGCGGGGCCCACUCCGCGAUGGCAGGCUCGGUCAUUCCGGUCGGCCCGACUGUGGUACAGACCUCCAUGAGCCGGUCCCAGGUGGCCCUGCUGGGCCUGGGCCUGGGCCUGUUGUUCAUGCUGCUGCUGUAUGUGGGGCUGCCUGGUCCCCCUGAGCAGACCUCCUGGGUCUGGGGAGACCCUAAUGUCACAAUCCUGGCUGGUCUCACCCCUGGCAACUCCCGCAUCUUUUACCGUGAGGUACUUCCGCUCCACCAGGCACGCAGGGUGGAGGUGGUACUGCUCCAUGGAAAGGCCUUUAACUCCCACACAUGGGAGCAGCUGGGCACACUGCAGCUGCUGUCACAGAGAGGCUACCGGGCUGUGGCACUUGACCUCCCAGGUUUUGGGAAUUCAGCACCUUCGGAGGAGGCCGGGACAGAGGCAGGGCGAGCAGAGCUGCUGCAGCGUGUGCUGCAGGACCUGGAGGUGCACAAUGCUGUGUUGGUGAGCCCCUCACUGAGUGGCCACUAUGCCUUGCCCUUCCUGAUGCGAGGUCACCACCAACUGCAUGGAUUCGUGCCCAUCGCACCCACCUCCACCCAGAAUUACACCCAGGAGCAGUUCUGGGCAGUGAAGACCCCGACCCUCAUCUUGUAUGGGGAGCUGGAUCACAUCUUGGCACGGGAGUCACUGCGACAGCUCCGUCACCUGCCCAAUCACUCCAUAGUGAAGCUGCGCGAUGCAGGCCAUGCCUGCUACCUCCACAAGCCACAAGACUUCCACCUCGUCCUCCUUGCCUUCCUUGACCGUCUGCCUUGA